AUGUCAGCAAGCAAGGCUGCCCGUGUGGGCGAGGAGAUCUGGAAAGGCCGAAUCGACAAGGUCAACGCCGAGUUAGUGACCCUCACGUACGGCACCAUUGUCGCUCAGUUAUGCAAAGACUUCGAAUCCGACUACGUCGAGGUCAACAAGCAACUCGAUCGAAUGGGCUACAAUAUUGGCCUGCGCUUGAUUGAAGAUUAUCUUGCAAAGUCAAACACGAUGCGCCGAUGUUCGAAUUUCCGCGAGACCGCCGAGAUGAUAGCAAAGGUUGGCUUCAAGAUCUUUCUCAACAUUACGCCCACCAUCACGAACUGGACAAACGACAACAAGCAAUUCUCACUAGUCUUUGAGGAGAACCCGCUGGCCGACUUUGUAGAGUUACCAGAUGACGGCAGAGCCCAAGAUGAGCUCUGGUACUCAAACAUUUUUUGUGGCGUACUUCGUGGAGCUUUGGAGAUGGUCCAGAUGCAGGUCGAAGCACAUUUUAUCAGUGACAUAUUGAGGGGCAAUGAUACUACCGAGAUGCGGAUCAGCUUGAUCAGGUAUAUCGAUGAUGAACUGCCGCCCGAGGAUGAUUAA